AUGGCAUCUCCAUUUGACACGCACAAUUGGGUCAUGCUCGCUUUCUUUGUUGCUCUACUUAUUUACGCCACCGCUUCAGUGGCUGAGGUUAUGCUCCGAGCUCGUGGAUCAAUUUACUAUCUUAUUGUUGGCUACAUCCGCCUCUUUGCUAGCGGCUUUGCCACCAUUUUGCUCCUGGUCAUUCUUGACCCAAUUUUGGGGUGCAUCUUUUCUAUCCUAUGGGUCUGCUUAUAUGCGAGACUCACAUAUGGAUCAUAUAAAGAGUUGUCCGAGUUACUACGCCACACAGCUCAGUUGGGACUCGACUGGCGGACCACGCUACUUGGAAAUUUUAGACAACACAGAAACGAAAACCCAAAUCAAGCUAAUCAACCUCCUCCGUCUGAAGCUAAUCCACCCGCCUUUGCUUGUGUAAGGCUCAACCACUUGGGACGCGGCUUGUGGUCAAAACCAGUUGGAAUUUUUAGAUACCGUAAAGGGGAAGAAACAAAUCAAGCUAAUCUCCUGCCUUCGCCUGUGUAA